GACGCCUUGAUCGACUUCGCGGUCAUCAUGGCGGUGGCCUUGUCGCGGACGGAAGGGACGGAGAAGCAGAAGCUGUUCGCCAUCAGGCACGCCCACUUGAUGGUCGGGCACGGCGACCCGCUGCAUCACCGGGGGCGGCUCUGGACGACCCUUGCAGGCCUGAAAAGGCUGCAAGGGCCCAGCAGCAGGCGGAAGAGGCCGGUCACCCCGCGGAUGCUGCUGUGGCUCAAGCAGCACAUCCACGCAGAUGCGGGGUUGUCCCAGGCCGACGCCGCCACGCUGUUUGCCGCGGUGCUCCUCGCCUUCCUCUUCCUGUUGAGGGCGUCGGAGGACCUGGUGGUGGCAGGGAGAUCGCGGUCGGUCGACAGGGUGGUCCACGGAGAGGACCUCGAGGCGAGGCGCGAGGGGGGGCGCGUCGGCCAGUUCGCCCAGGCUGACGAGUGUGUGCUGCACAUCAAGGGCUCGAAAACGGACCAGUACAAUGUGGGGACGGUGCGCAACCAGUACUCCGCCCACUCAGCGCUGUGCCCCGUCGAGGCCCUGGCGGCGAUGCACGCCCAGCACCCGCAGCGUUUCGACCACGGCGCGGAGGCGCGGCUGCCCCUGUUCCGGUGGGCCUCAGGCGCGCUUGCGAAGCGCGAGGAGGUGCAGCACUUCCUCGCGCUGGCGGGCCUGGCGGCAGGCCUCAAGCGGGAGGAGAUUGGCUCCCGCUCCCUGAGGAUCGGCGGGGCCACGGCGAUGUACCACGUCACGGACGACCUCGCCAAGGUCCAGAGGUGCGGGAGGUGGGCGUCGGACCCCUUCCACGCCUACCUCUGGGAGUCGCGCGAGCCGCAGCGCGACGUAGCCCGGCGCAUGGCCAACGACCACUCGGAGCUGACGACGCCAGCAGCGAAGCCCCAGGAGGGAGCCGCCGGCGCUGGCGCCAGGCGUGCUCCCCCCAGGGGCUUGUCGGCCCUCGGGGCCGCAGCGGCGGCCGCGGCCACACUGGGCCAGGCCACAGCGGCCAGCCAGGAGCUUGCGGUGGUGGGGGAGGACAAGAAGCAUGUCAGCGUGCGUCUGGCAGCGGGCGGGGAGGACAUCACCAUCGCGAUCCCCCUGGAGAUCAUGGUGGAGGGCUCGAGCGGGGCGCCGACGGAGGCGACGGAGGACGACAAGAGGACGGCCAAGAAGCCCAAUAAUAUUUACUGCGACGCGGGGAUCCAGGGGCCGGUGCGCUACAGCGGCACCCGCUACGUCCACAAGACACAGGGCUUCCAGCGCGGGGGCGAGGUCGCGCGCGAGGUGGCCGCUAAGCCGCACCGCGGCUGA